AUGCAAGAACUGUCGUCAACGUCGACUAUGACAGGAUUUAGGAUUGUCGCUAAUGGCGACAAAGAAGCAGAGCGAUCGCUGAACGUGACCCUCGCGACGUAUCGAGCGACUGGGGCUGGAGAGAGGCCGUCGUGUCCUUUUCGCACCUCCCGUAGCGCUCGACACGAUCGUUCCGUGGCUGCCGUUUCCACCUCUAUCGACACUCGCACAUCACCUGGAUGCGUCAACAAGCGCGCCGCUGUCGACGUAUUCCGAACGAUGUCUGAUUGGGUGAGCAGCUACGAUGCACAGCUCCGAGCCGAAACGGGCACGGAAAAUCCAGCAAACGAGGCUGGCAAAAUGUCGUUCCGAGGUGGUGGCAACUCGGUUUCGAUUCACGGGUACAAAGGACCGGUUUCAAGCUUUAAUGGAGCGCCACCACCACAACACACUUUCGGCGCGUCAAAGGCUGGCAUCGCCAAUGCCAACCCAAACGGCGGAUACGGGUAUUCUUACGCGAUGCAGCCUCAGCCACAACCAGUCUUCGGACGAGGGCAAACUUUCUCCGCCAGUGGUGGAUUUCGAGGACGAGGAGGAUAUGCAGCAUUUCAAUAUCAGCCUCCACCUGGGAAUAAUCCAUACAAGUAUGUCGCACCCAAGCCGGCUACACCACCGAGCCCGGACCAAAUGGAGAAGCCUAUGGGCCCGGAAGAAGUUGCUCUUCUGAACAAGUUCCUACACAAAAAAGUCGACUUGAUGCAAAAUAGUGGGAUAGAUGUGUCACUGGAUAGAAACGAUCCAAGAUCACCUUUGCAUUCUAUACGUAGCUUCCGAGAUCUUAGGCUGAGGCCAGAGUUACUUGAAGCUUUGAAUGUCCUAGGAUUUACGCAGCCAUCAAAGAUUCAAGAAUUUGCACUACCGUUGUUGAUCAUGGAACCACCCACCAACAUUAUUGCUCAGUCCCAAUCAGGAACUGGCAAAACUGCAACAUUCGUCCUGACAAUGCUGUCACGUGUGGAUCCAGCCAAGAAAUAUCCACAGUGUCUUUGUUUAGCACCAACAUAUGAGCUCGCUAUACAAAUUGGUGAAGUGGUUAUGAAGAUGGCACAGUUUAUGCCGGAUGUCGCUGUACAUUAUGCCGUGAGAGGGACUAAACCUUCUGCGCCAAUUUCCGAACAGAUCAUUAUAGGAACCCCAGGAAAACUAGUGGAUUACCUCACAAAAUACCAUUGCCUAGACGCAUCUCAUAUCUGUUGUCUCGUACUAGACGAAGCUGAUGUUAUGAUCAAUCAAACAGGGUAUGCUCAACAGAGUACACAAAUCUACAACAUUAUCGAAGAAGCUUCACCUAUUGUCCAAACUAUGCUCUUUUCGGCCACUUAUGGAGAGGAUGUCGUCAAAUUCGCAAUGCAGCUGAUAAAAAAUGCUGUUACCGUGACGUUGAAGCGUGAAGAUCAGUCGUUACCCAACAUCAAGCAGUAUUUUGUAGAGUGUCCGGGGCGGGAUGCCAAGUACCAAGCCGUAGUGGAGCUCUACAGUGGGUUGACGAUCGCUUCAUGUGUGAUUUUUACCCAUACUAGACGAAGUGCCUCAUGGCUUGCAGAAAGAAUGAUUGAGAAAGGACACUUGGUUGGUGUAUUGCAUGGCGAAAUGUCUGUAGAGGAACGCGCAGCGUCCAUAGAACAGUUCAAAGAAGGAAUCUUCAAAGUGCUCAUAACGACUAACGUCUGUGCUAGAGGUAUCGACGUAUCACAAGUAACAAUCGUGAUCAACUAUGAUCCUCCUUUGUUGUAUGAAAAUCCUUCGGAACCUGACUAUGACACCUACCUACAUCGAAUCGGACGUACCGGGCGAUUUGGUAAAGCAGGUAUUGCGAUCAACUUUGUGGACAGCCGCGAAGCAUUGGCGAUAAUCAAGAAAAUUGAAGCUUUCUUCGGAAAGCCUAUUCCCAAGUUGGAUCCUAGCGAUUUGGAACAGUUAGAAGCAGUUGAAAAUGACUAACAAGUCCGUAUAGGUUUUGAGAAGUGCAAUGCGUUAUACUGUGUGGUAAAAAAACAUGUAUGUAUAAUUAGAGGUAAUAAUGAUGCUCACGAGUUCUGUUUGCGUGCAGCCUAGCGCAGGUGAAGUGCUUUGUGUUUUCUCGCUUUCUUUGGGUGCCUUAUUGUUAUGUUAUUCACUUGAUGUGGACUAGUAACUCAUUAAUCUUGCAUGUGAAGCGUUCUUAUGAGGCUUUUCUCUUUUUUUUUGUGGCAGUUUUGGUUCACAAUGGGUCAUAGCUGUUAAUUUAUGUGAAGAAGCUUACUGCACAAGCGAAAUUGUGCCUUACCUAGAAGAUGUAUAUUCUAGAUCUUGUUAGAGGAGAUUAUAUAGAGAUUAUCUUAUUGGAAAGUGCCUGUGUAUUUGUGAUGAAGAAAUGAAUAAAGUUAUAUUG